AUGGAAUUUAAUUCAACAUCACAAUAUAUUCGUCGUAAAAAUUCAUAUUAUGAAAAAAAAUCAUUAACUAGUUUAAGUAAAUCACGAUCAACUAUUGCUUGUAUUCCUAAAUCAAAUAAUGAUAAUCUUCGAACAAGUAAUUUUACAUAUCGAACUGAAGUUUAUUUACAACAACGAGAAAAACAAUAUAUUGAAAAAUCAUCAUCAACAGCAACAAUAACAACAUGGAAAAAUUUAAAAUAUCAAAAACAAAUAUUAGAUAAUGAUCAAGCUGAAAUAGAUCGUGUUCUAUCAACAUUAGAUUCUAUUCAUAAAACAUUUAAUCGUUCAUUAUUAAUACCUUAUAACAAAGUUUAUUCUUUACUUUAUGGAGACAAUAAUAAAUCAGAUCGGUUAAUGAAAACAUUUUGUCAAUGUCAAAAUCAUUAUAUGACUUAUGAACUAUCAAUGAAUAUUGAUGAUGAUGACGAUGAUGAUGAUGAUGCAAGUAAAACACAAGUUAUAUCAAGUUCAUUUGGAAGUUUUCAAGAUACUGAUUUAGAUGAUACUACUGAAAAUGAAGAAGAAAAAGAAAACGAAAAUGAGAAGAAAAAAUCUUAUGAUAGUGGUUAUGGAAGUGUUAUGCCUAUGAGACAAUUUUCACGAGAACCACUGUUAAAAAUGACUCAACCAUGGAGUAUAUGUUAG